CAUAAUUCAACCGCUCCCAUCUUCCAGCUCGCUCCGCACCUCUCAUCCUGAUCUCAGCCCCCGGUCUGGUCUUUUUCGCUGACACAGUGCCUUAAACAAUAUUUUCGCCCUUCAGACCAUAGCCGCAAAACACCCGCAGACAGCCAUGGCCAAAACUGCAAUUGCAUACAGAGAGAAGAUGAAGGAGCUGUCUGUCUUCUCCCUCAUCUGUUCCUGCUUUUAUCCAGAGGCACGCAACAAGCUGGUCGUCUGUGAGUUCGAAGACAUGGAGGUGAAGCCAAUCAACAAGCGGGCAUCGGGCCAGGCCUUUGAGGUGAUUCUGAAGCCCCCUUCCCCGGUGUCAGAUACGGCCCACAGCAUCGCUUCGCCCCCCAAGAGGGAAGUGUCCCUAGAGGACAUCCAGAAGAAAUUGGAGGCAGCUGAGGACCGGAGGAGGUCCCAGGAGGCCCAGGUGCUGAGGGCCCUGGCAGAGAAGAGGGAGCAUGAGAGGGAUGUGCUGCUCAAGGCCAUGGAAGAGAACAACAACUUCAGCAAAAUGGCAGAGGAGAAGCUCACCAUGAAGAUGGAGCAAAUCAAGGAGAACCGGGAGGCCCACCUGGCAGCCAUGAUGGAACGCCUGCAGGAGAAGGAGAGACACGCAGCCGUGGUUCGCAGGAACAAAGAGCUGAGGGAGGAGCUGACAGCGUGAGCCCCACCUCUCCCCAACGUCCACCAAUCACGUCCCUCCACCCAGCCUCACCCCUGGAAACUCCACAGCAGACAGCAAGCCCUGGAGUCCUGGAGGGUGGAGGACUUCACUACCAACACACUACACCACCCACCCUGACCCAUCCAUACACACAUGCACACACACACACACACACACACACACACACACACACACACACACACACACACACACACACACACACACACACACACACACACACACACACACACACACACACACACACACACACACACACACACACACACACACACACACACACUCAGUAUUAACAGUAUUUUCCAUUAGAUAAUUCAUGAAAUCAUGGGUAUUAUUUUGUAAAUAGUUCCUUUUUGUAUCUAUCUUGAUGGGUAGGCUAGGCUGAUUGAGCGCAAACAAGUGUAUCAAAUGCACUGUGUUGUACAAUUUCAAAUGUUUCUUUUGUUAUCUAAUUAUUUAUUGGUUAUUGAAAUUUGAAUCUACAAUAAUUUCUUUGUGAAAGUCUUUUUUUGGUGUUGUGAGUUGGUUGUUAGCUGACGUUUGCAUUGUUUUCUGAUGAUGUCAGUUUCUGUGUCUUUGUGAAGAAUGUUAACAGGUAGUGAACUCAGACUCCUGACAGCGCAUCCCAUCUUAUCAACACACACACACACACACACACACACACACACACACACACACACACACACACACACACACACACACACACACACACACACACACACACACACACACACACACACACACACACACACACACACACACACACACACACACACACAAUUACACACAUGCUGUGAACUCACAUUAAAAAUCUGCCAAACUCUCGGCUUAAAAUGUCCACAUGUCCUCAAAUGAUCUUGAGGUAGCUGGAACAAGAGAGGUGAUUGGUCCUCUUUAACAAUGUGUCUCCAGAGGGUGCAGCUGUUUAUCACUUCCUCCAGACUGACCCCUGACUAUAUAUGGCAGCCUGUUCCCUAUAAAGUGCACUGCUGUUGACCAGAGUAGUGCAGAAAAAAAGGGUGUAGUGUUCCAUUUGGGAUGCAGGCCAGGUGAUUAACUUUAGCUUUACUCGAGUCUGAUAUGUCCACGGAAUCUGGAGACUUGAAUGUUAUGAUGACAUCAUAGAGCCCCCAUACAUGACAUCAUAGAGCCCCCAUACAUGACAUCAUAGAGCCCCCAUACAUGACAUCAUAGAGCCCCCAUAAAUGACAUCAUAGAGCCACCAUACAUGACAUCAUAGAGCCACCAUACAUGACAUCCUGGCCAGUAGAAUGUUCUAAAGCCCCCUUUCCUUUAUCUUGACAGACUAACACCAACACACAUGUCCACUCUAAGUCUACGUGUGUGUGUGUGUGUGUGUGUGUGUGUGUGUGUGUGUGUGUGUGUGUGUGUGUGUGUGUGUGUGUGUGUGUGUGUGUGUGUGUGUGUGUGUGUGUGUGUGUGUGUGUGUGUGUGUGUGUGUGUGUGUGUUUCAAGUGAGGUGUCAUAUCUCUCUGGUAGUUCCAUACAUAGAGAAUGGAUACUCUACAUUCAGCACACUACAAUGACUCUGUUUAAAUAUGUCACAACUAUCUGCCUGCAUCCUCCACAUGCUGACUACUACAGCACAAGUGUUCUCCCUCCAUGUGUCUCAAGCUUCGCUGAAUAAAGCUUUGGGCUUCUGUCAACA